AUGUUAAGUGGUUUCCUCCGCAAACGGGUGUCGGUGGUCACCACGGACGGGCGCAACCUCGUUGGGGUGCUGCACUCCGCCGAUCAGCUGCUGAAUUUGGUGCUCACCUCCUGCGUGGAGCGCACGGCGGCGCCCUUCGACCGGCUUGGGGAGGUCGAGGCGGGCAAACCGAUGGAGGAAUCCCCGCUCGGCGUGAUGAUGAUUCGCGGGGCGAACGUGGUAACGGUCGGCGCCAUCGACGUCCACGCCGAGGCGGAGGCAAACCCGAGUUUAUGGGUGGGAAGAGACAUGCCGCCCGCGCAGGGGAUUCCCCACGCGGCGACCUAA